GGUGCACGGGUCUGCCUACAGACGCCCGCUCUCUCUCUCGCGCCCCCGCUCUCUGCGCCCGGCUGUCUCCGACCCCGCUCUCUGCGCCCCCGACGCCCCCGCUCUCUCCAACCCCGCCAGCAGCGCCAUCCCCGCCCGCAGCGCCCCCGACGUCCCGGCUGUCGCGCAUGGAAGGUCGCCAUCCCCGCGAUCCUUAUGGAAGCGCCCCGGCUGUCGGCUGCUCCAAGAAAGGAAUUAGCGUCGUGUGGAGGACCCGCCCCGUUCUCUGCGCCCCCGACGCGCCGCCAUCGCAUUCCCCGCGUGGUCUGCUACAAGGAAAGGUCCGCGUGUGGUCCGUUGCCGCCAUUCCCCGCCCCCGCUCUCCGCUCUUGGCUCUCCUCUCUCUGCUGCAGCCGGCGCCCGCCAGGUCCGCGCCCACCAGCCGCAAUCGUCCGCCAUCUCCUCGAGCCUCUUAGUUUUGCGCAAAUCGAGCUGCGCAAAUCGAGCUGCGCAAAUCGGGCCUUCCAUCCAUGGCAGCCGCGCCCCUACAGUCAAAGAUUCGCGGCUGCCUUCCCCCAAUUGCUCCCCCUCCUCUCUCCCUACUUACGUACACCACACCUGCCCCUUCCUUUCUCCAAAUUAGCCGCAGUCCGCGUCCACAACUGUCAUCGGUGCUCUCUCCAAGUGUCGCGCCACUGUGCCGCUGCCGGCGACGAAGAAGGAGCCCCGCUCCCAACCUCCGGUGUGCCGCCCGCAAUUUUCUGCUCACCGCCGGCGUUCCAAGAUUGUUGCAAUAAGGGAUAUCAUACCUCCUGCUGUUGUGUAGCUCACAUUAUUCCAGUCAUUGUCAAUUCUCUCAGAUUGUUGCAAUAAGGGAUAUCAUACCUCCUGCUGUUGUGUAGCUCACAUUAUUCCAGUCAUUGUCAAUUCUCCCAGUUCUUCUAGCAGUAGAACUUUGCUAAUUGAAUCUGCAAAAGUAACUUCGACAGCAAAAAGGUUUUUGUCCCGCGAGAAUGGAAUCUCUAAUUGUAGGCUUGUCUCAUAACAAGCCAAAAAAUUCGGUGGCAACCGCAAUAGUUCGAGAAGACUAUAUUUGCACGCAAGGUGAUCUUGCUCUCAUCGAUUUUAUUAAGGAAAUCCCUUGUGAACCAAGGGUAGAAGUCGUGCUUAUUGAUGAUGCCUUUGUUGAAAGGAAAUGGAUGGAGUGUUUAUUUCAGCCGAACGCAUAUUUAGGUGACGAGGUUAUAGACUGUUACAUAAAUUUGAUAAAAGCUCAGAAGCAUCUAAAGUGCCGAUCUGGAGGUCGCGUUCACAUAGAAAAUGCUUUCCAGUUCAAUUUCCUGAAGCGAGAUGGUGAUGUUGAAAUUAAAACAGAAGAGCUAUAUCCAAAUAAAGACAUGACACAAAUAUGUAGCGCUGAACGAAGGGUGUUACUUUACUUAGACCAUGACAUGGUGUUUAUUCCGAUAAACAUCCGAGAGACGCACUGGUAUCUUGCCGUGAUCCAUGCAAGAAAUAUGGAGAUACAAGUGCUCGAUUCACUUGGUACUUCACAAGAUCGCAAAGACCUCACUGACUCUAUUAAAGGACUACAAAGACAAAUAGAUAUGAUAUCUCAACGUAAGGAGUUAAAAGACCACAGGUGGCCAGACCUCCAAGUUGCUUCUUGGCCGCUCAGAGAAAUAAACAUGGGAUAUGCAAAGCAGACAGAUAGCUCUUCAUGUGGCCUCUUUCUUUUGAACUAUAUCGAAUACUGGACAGGAGAUGAACUGUCUGACAGUUUUACCCAGGAUGACAUGUCACACUUUAGGAAAAAAAUGGCUGCUAUAUUACUAUCUUCAGACCUGAAUAAGAGAAGGGGGUGUCUGUUAUACAAAAAUGAAAAAGAAGUUGACUCUGGAAGCCCAUCUGAUGUUGAGAUAUUAGAAAACCCAACAGAUUCUAAUAAGAGGAAACUACUCCACGUGCUGGAUGAUAGCGAAGUAGUGUUUGAAGAUGAGGAAGGCCCUAUUACUCAAGCAGACUUGCAAAGGUGGUUUGUUGAUGAUUGGGAUAAAAGAGCUCAUGUAAAAGUCUCUAACGAUGGUUGCACCAAUGACUUUUUAAUGGUUGGUCUUUCCACAAAGGACAUGCCAGUGACCAAAGCCGAUUCAAUAGAUGUUUUAUGUGAUUAUAUCAUGGCAAUAGAAGACGAUACGACACUAGAGAGAACAUGGGUGCAAAGUUUCAAUCCUUUUAAGAUAGAAAUAUCUGUCAAAGACCUGCAAAACAUAUUAACGACAACUCAAGAUAUGAUUCUAAGAUGUUUUGAUAUGGCUGUUCGGCUGCUUGCCAAUAAAGAGUCACGUAGACCGAAAGAAGAAAUCAUAAAUAAUAGAAAGCAUUAUAUGGACAUGCGUUUUUGGAGAAUGGUUGGUUUUGGUAAACUUCCAAAGUAUCAUCAGGAUCCUACAACAGAAGAGUUAGCCAAAACACUCGAUUGUUGGCCAUCAAUGAAUUAUUAUAUCACGGGUUGUAGAUAUGUUCUCAUGCCAUGGAAAUUCAAUGGAUGUUACGCCCUUUUCGUAAUAGAUCAUGUUAAAAAGCAUGUGACUUUUAUUGAUUUUACACCGACUCAAGAUUGGUGUAAACACAUGCCAUACAAGAGGUUCGCGGAAGCGAUUAUCAUGGCCUCAAAAAAAUAUAAGAUUGCUUACAGCAAGAAACGUUCUGCAUGGGCGGAGGAUAUCUUUAAGUGGGAACAUACAAUUCAGACUGGUGUUCCAAUUGACUUAAGAGGGUUUAAUACCAGCUACCUCGUUCUACAAGCUAUGGCCAUGUGGGGGAAUGACAGACGACUGAAAUUUGUUGGGGAUGCAAAGACUCUUCGAAGGAACUUUGUGAUUGAUCUGUUAAGUUAUGAGGAUAAUUCGUGCCGAUAUGCCAUCCCUGCAAACAUACAACAGAGACUCAUCGAUAUCGCUAAAAAGGAUUAGCUGAUUAGUUGUCGACAUAUUUGUCUGUAAUUAAAAAUUCUAAAUUAACUUUUUAGAAUUAAUUUGUGUGAUAUUGAUAAUGUUUUCCACGUAUAUUUUGCAUAUUAUAGUGAUUUUUGUCGUUCCGUAUCAAUGUUUCAUACAAAUUUUUUACUUCCAUCGCAACGCACGAGCACAUAUCUAUACUAUAUAUUGUUAACAAGGGCCAAGUAAGUUCUGCGCCAAGCAUUUAAAUUUCACUUCAAUUACUUCAUAAUCUUUUAUCUGGUGCAUGAUAAUAAAACUAUUUAAUUUUUAACAAUUUGUUGUAGGCAUUGCUUAUGGAUUGUGGGGAAUGGAACCACUCUGUUCAACAAUCUGACUGUUGACUUGAUGGAUCAGAUUAUGGAUUUUCCUGUUGACCCAAUCAUGGCAGCUAAGGCCUAUAAGUAUAAAGCAGAAAUACUUCUUAAGGAAUACUUGCUAGCAGAUUCAUAUGUUCUAUACACUUCUGUGCUCGCGGGGCUUCUGAUGUGCAAGUUGGUACUGUUAUUUUUACUGAUUGUUUUUUAUGGCUUGGUUGCUUAUGUUUGUGCUCUGGUAUAUGCAGCCAAGAUCAAGAUUGGGAUCAAUGGGUUCGGUAGGAUCGGAAGGCUGGUGGCCAGGGUGGCCCUACAGAGUGACGAUGUCGAGCUCGUCGUCGUGAACGACCGCUUCAUCAGCACCGACUACAUGCUGGGCUGAUGAGGUGUGAAAUAUGUGUGGUGGUUUCGGCGUGGGAGGACCGCGAAAGGCGAUGCCUUUCAGCAGCAUGAUCCAGGAGAUGAAGGGCGAGAUCGGCGCCAUCGUGUCGCGCGGCGUGCUACGGUUCCGGCCAGGGGGCCACGCCGGGGCCGGGCGAGCGCCGGCAGCCGAGCUGGACGAGGCGCCGCGGGAGGGCUGCUGGGCGCAGUUGCCUCUCGAUCUUCUGCGUAUGAUUAAUACCAUGGGAGUGAUAUAGAGAUGGUUCUACCAAUCAUGGUUGGAGGUUACACAGACUUCUUUUGUUCUAUGCUCCAUACAAGGAAUUGUGGAUUCAUCUUCCGAGGGUCGUAGACUCCGAUCAAUCCAAAUUGAUAUGUGUUUUCUUGGUCAAUCAUGGUUGGAUUCAUCUUCCGAGGAUCUAGACUCCACUAAGACUGUGUAUCCUUCAGCCAAUAUUAUCUAUUGAUCUUUUUGUUUCUUGUUUACUGGAUUAAAUGUAGUUUCUUUGUUUAUAAAUACAAAGUCUAGACCACAACUAAAAAUGUAUAACAAACAAAAUUGUUACUUUUGUGAAAAAAAACACUGGACAGGAGGAGGCUAGCUAAUCAACCAAUCAAUCCAUAGAGAUCCAAGUGCUCCUAUGUGUUCCUCAACUCUGAUUUGAUAUGGAUAUACAACUAUAAAGCCUUUGACAAGCUGGAGGGUGUUGAGGUUGCAUGGAGUCAGUCAAGGAUCAACGACUCUGUCAUGGUUUGCUCAUAGAAUAUGGAGCAGCUAAGCACAGAGAUCCAACUGCUGAGGACCUUCAGGCACAAGAACAUUGUCAAGCUGUUUGCCUCUUGGAUCGAUGAGGACAAGGACAUUGUAAAUAUCAUCAUAGAGUACUUCACAUCAGGCAGCUUGAGACAGUACAUGUUGUUUCUUUCGUUCGUUCCACUUCUGAAUGUUCAUACCAAACAUCUCUCUGUGUUUCUAUUCUCAACCAAAUUGUUUCUUGUAAAGCAGAUUUGGCUGAAUAACUUGGCUGUGUGGGGGAGGGGGAGGGAGAGAGAUAUUUUGCCUCAUAUGCUCGUUCGCUAAUUAGUUGCAUCAACACUGAGCAGGUGACAUCAUGCAAGCUGUGGCAUCAAGUAGGAGAGUCAUUCAAACCUCCAAAGACAUGCACAACCGUUUCAUGGACUUUCUAUAACUUCUAUGAGAAGAGAGAGCAAGAUUGAUAAAAAGACUUGCCAAAAUCAAAGAGGAGCAGGGACAGAUUGAUGAGGCUGUUGGUUUGAUGUAAGAAGUUGUAAGUUUGCACCAUACUGAAUUUGGACCAGCGUACCGGAUUUGUCAAGGCUACGCUUUGAUUGAAUACGAGAAGUUUGAAGAAGUUCAGGUUGCAAUAAAAGAUCUGGAUGGAGCUGACCUUUAUAAACAAAUAAUGAGUGUUGAUUGGGCAUUUAGCAGUGGCCCUGCUAAACGCAAACAUACUCGGAAAUGGUCACCACCAAGAGCUCGUUCAAGGACCCCACCCAGGAGAAGGCACUGAUGUUUUCCCAGCACCUCGUGAACUACUUGCUAUGUGUGAUGUACAAUAAGAAGUCUAAGGAUUCGAAAUAUUACCUUGGUGUAUGUGGAUCACCUGAUUUCGAUGGUGGUUAUUAAAUUGCCUGAUGUUUCCUUA